AUGGCUUCCAACAUGAGGUUAACCCCUUUGGCUGACUUAAAGCCAUUCAAGACUGGGUGGAAGGUGCAGGUUGGAAAAUGUAAAAUCAUGUGUACUGUAUAUGCGGUUGAUACAGAUUGGUCAUGGUUUUACUUGGUUUGCACUAAAUAUAGGAAAAAGGUCUACAAAAUCCCAAAACGCAAAGACGAAAAAUUUUGUGAUAAAACUAAGAAGCUAUAUUCAUGUGAAACAUGUGAUGCCAAAGUUUCAUCUGUCAGUGCGAGAUACAAACUCUAUCUUUGUGUAAUGGACAACACGAGCAAGAUCAAAUGUUUUCUUUUUGAUUCAAGUGCGAAGGAUAUUGUUAACCAAUCUGCUGAUGAAAUUUUAAAAGGGACAUACGAUGAGAUACAAGAUCCGGAUGUCGUUCCUGAUGCAUUGCAAAACUUGGUUGGGAAGACUUUUCAGUUUCUAAUUUGUGUUGAGAAAGAAAAUCUUUACGGUGGUAGUAAUACAUACAAGGUCGGAAAGGUUUGGAAAGGCAAUCAGAUUUUGACUACCACAGUUGAUGAGGUGAAUGAAUCUGAAGAUGGGGGUGAUCAGAGUUUACUCAUGUCUGGCGAUCAGGCAUCACUGAUGAACACACAAAGCCAAGAGUCUUCGGAUGAUGUUUCUGGUAAUAUCAAAACUCCUUUAUCAAAGCGUGAGCGUGAUGAUUCGAAAGAUUCAGUCGACUCAUCGUCAUCGUCUAAGAAGUCAUGUAAUAGUGGGAUUAGUGUGGAAACAACAUAUGUGAAUGAAGUGAUUGAUGAGGAUACACUGAAGAGUGAUGAUGUUUUGGUGAACGCUAUUCUUACAAGUGAAUCCAAUGAAGGUGUUGCAAAGGGACGAACUCGAGUACGUGGUGGUGGUAAAUUUGUUGGCAAAGAGGGAGGCAAAAAUGGGAAGAUGUGA